AGCCUGAGAAAUCUGUGCCGGUAAAGACCUUACUAUAAUAGUCAAAAAUUGAUGUUUGCCUUUCGGUGUUAUCCCGCCGUUUGAAAAGUAGUUAUCGCAGCCUGUUUCCAGAAAUACACAACAGUUAGCUGUCACAAACUGUUUCCCAAGAGAUAUUUAAAAAUAACUUGUGGAUCUGAAUGAGAAGUGCCAAUAUGAUCAAGGAAAACAGAUGGAAUAUACCUCCCAAUGCACCGGCCUGCAUGGAGAGGCAUCUUGAUUCUGCACAUUACAGAGCUGAUGGUACGUUGCUGUUGGGAGCCUCCAGUCUUACGGGCAGGUGUUGGCUGGGGUCUAUCUGGGUGUACAGUGAACCCAAACUGUCGCCUAGCGAAGGCUUUUGCAAGGCUGGUGUUCAGACAGAGGCUGGUGUCACGGAGGCCAAAUGGGUGUCAGAGAAAGGCAUCCUGGUGGCUUCUGACUCAGGUGCUUUGGAGCUGUGGGAGCUAGCUGAGGACGAACGCUUGCUGAUCAGCAGGUUCAGUCGACACGAGCACGAUCAUGUCGUCUCAAGCAUCAGCCCCACUGCCGAGGGAUGUCACGCUGUCAGCGGAAGCAUGGACUGCAGGAUCAAAGUGUGGGACCUCAGUCAGGAGACUGUUGUUAGCACCUAUCAUGCUCACUCGAUGCCAGUCAACUGUGUGUCAUGCAGCCCCACAGACGACGCUCUCUUCCUCUCUUGCGGCCAGGAUGGGCGACUACUCCUGUGGGAUCGCAGGAAACCCAAACCUGCCACUCGAUUAGAUGUAGUAUCUCCAAGUUGUUGCCCCACUUCAGUAACUUGGCACCCCAGUCAGAGCAGCACUAUUGCAUAUGGUGAUGAGUUGGGACGGGUGAUGCUGAAGGACCUUCAGGUAACAGAGCGCGCUCAGACGAUGAACACUCACAACCGUAGAGUCUCUGGCCUGGCCUUUUCUUCACACAGUGCUCCUAUGUUGGCUUCUAUCAGCGAUGACUGUUCAGUUGCCGUGAUGAAUUCAGAGCUCCGAGAAAUUUUCAGAGAUAAGAGACAUCAGGACUUUGUCCGGGGCUUGUGUUGGGCUCCAGGCAGUUCAGGCAUUCUGACAACUGUGGGGUGGGACCACCAGGUUCUCCACCACAGUGUUGGAGAGCAGCAGUCCACAUAAAACAACAAGUCGUGCAGUACACCACCUGUAGAGUUCAUAUCCUAAAGCAAAAGGAACCUGUUCCCAGUGUAGGGGACCAGAAAGAAGUAUAGCGUUAGAACUGAAUCCUUGUCCUCCUUAGUCUCCCUUUGUUUCUUUUUUCAUUUCAUUUGGAACCUGAAUAAUUUGAAAUGUGCUUGUACUGUCUGUGAUCUCUGUACGUUGCUGGGUACUCGUUAUGACCUGCUUCUCAGAAUCACUCUGAGGUGCUUUUAAAUGAGAGCCAGUUAACCUGAGGCACUAGGAGGACCAGUAUUUUGAUAUGUGCUACAAUGAAAUUCAAACUGUGUGGAUCUGUUAGAGAGUUAGGAUCCAGUUUCUUGACAGUCUCUAAGAAUAUAAAGAAUGUCUCUCUAUUUUUGUUGAAAGAAUUGAACAUUUAGCCCCUGAAAAGUUUGAAGGGCUUGUUUUAGUUUUACCUCUUCAAUGUUCUAGUUAAGUUUCUCUCGACACACCACAUGCGGGGGCGGAUUUAACAUAUCUGGUUACUAAUCAGAUUAAACCACAACCUACUUGCUAUUGUUUCUAUUAUUAUUUGAGAGACUUGCCACAUCACACCACUUUCUGUGAGAUCUGCUGGACCAAACGAUUACUGACUGAGGAUGAGUGGAAUGGGAUUACUGGAACUAUCCUGGGCCAUGGUUAAAUUUGUACUGCCUAUGGAGGUUUUAGUGAUCAUGUCAGUGCACUUAAAUGACCCACUGUAGAACUUAACCUGUAAUUCCUCAGAUUAUUGAAAGUUGGUCAGUAAUUUCAUCAGUGACCUUGCCUCACUCAGUAAUAUGUUGUUGUUUUUUUUUAUCAUGAACAUCUCAGCAGAUGUCCUUUUGAAGUCAGUGCGUCUUCAGAGAGUAAUAAAUGCGUCUUAUGAGAAAUGAGAAAAAACACAGUUCAACCCUGGUGAUCAA